CCCAAAUCAAUCAUUUCUUCUUUCAGUUCCUCUCGCCGGCGUCGACGGCGAAAGAGGGGGGGGAGGGGGCUCAACGAACCGUCGCCACCCACUCCGAGGAAGAAUUGCCAUGGAUAUGGCGCUGGACGCAGCUUGUGGUCUUCGGUACCUCUCCUCUUACAACAAUCCAACCAUAUCCCCGCAUCCGAUUACUUCAAUCGCGUCCAUGGGAGGAAUGAUGAUGAUGAUAAGUAUGAGAAGUCACCGUUCCUCCCGGCGUCGUCGGCAACAGACGGUAGCCGCUACCCCACUGGAGCAGCCUGGCGGAAAGAUGGUGGUGGAGCUAGUUGGUGCUUUCAAUUCUCUCACCCAGAGGAUGAAUGUGCUGUCCACCAGCUCUUCUCGCUUGCUGUUCAACGCCCUGAAGCUCUCCGUCCCCAUUCUGCAGAACUUGGGGAUCGCUCCUGAUGGCAGGCCUCUUCUCGCCAAGGCCCUCUCCGUCGCUCUCCUGCUUGCCGAUCUUCAGAUGGAUGCAGAAGUUCUUUCUGCGAGCAUAUUGUGGCAUGUCCUUGAAGCAGGUGCGAUGUCCUUACACGAGGCGAGAGAUCGUGUUGGCACUGCUACUGCCCAUCUCCUGUAUGAGACCUUGCGCCUCAAGAGGCUUCCCUCAAGAUUGGAGGUGCUUGAUGACGAUGCUGCCUCUACUCUGCGACGGUUCUGCCUGACUUACUACGACAUCAGGGCUAUUGUUCUCGACGUGGCUCACAAACUCGAUACGAUGAGGAAUUUGGAUUACCUGCCACGACAUCAGCAGCAGAUGUUGUCUCUUCAAGUGAUGAGGAUACAUGCUCCUUUAGCUCAUGCUGUUGGAACCCUCUCGAUGUCGCUGGAGCUAGAGGAUCUCUCGUUUCGGUGUCUCUUUCCCUGUUCGUAUCUUUAUCUAGAUUCCUGGCUGUGCAGCCACGAGAGUGGUAGUCGGUCUCUCAUAGAUGUGUAUGCCCUACAUCUGCAUCAGUGCCUGAGAGAUGAUCCAAUCUUGGUUGACAUGGUAGAAGAUGUCACUGUGAAAGGCCGCUACAAAAGCCGGUAUAGCACAAUGAAGAAGCUGCUCAAGGAUGGUCGAAAGCCUGAUCAAGUAAAUGACAUUCUGGGUUUAAGAGUUGUUUUGCAUACAAGGUCGGGAGAAGCGGACAUAGGUGAGAAGGCAUGCUAUAGAGCACAAGAAGUAAUUCGUUCCGUGUGGAAGGAAAUACCAGGUCGAACGAAAGACUACAUUGCCAUGCCCAAAGCGAAUGGGUAUAGGAGCUUGCAUAUGGCUGUUGAUGUUAGUGAAAACAACGAGGCUAGACCGCUAAUGGAAGUACAAGUACGGACUGCUGAUAUGGACAAGAUGGCAGCUGGUGGAGCAGCCUCACAUUCCCUAUAUAAGGCUGGUUUAACUGAUCCAGAAGAGGCAAAGCGGCUCAAGGCAAUAAUGAUGGCUGCAGCUGAACUGGCAGCCAUACGUCUCAAGGAUCUCCCAUCUACUAAUCAAGGCAUCGAGAUUGGAGAGAGAGACAGAGUGUUUGGGCUGCUGGACAAGAACGGAGAUGGUCGAAUUAGCAUCGAGGAACUGAUGGAAGUGAUGGAAGAACUUGGUGCCCCUGGGGAGGAUGCAGAGGAGAUGAUGCAACUCCUCGAUUCCAACAGCGAUGGCUCUCUGAGCUCUGAUGAAUUCGAUUCGUUCCAGAAGCAGUUUGAACUCAUACGUGAUCUGGAGAAGAAAGAUGAUAGCUACCGAAGCAAGUUGGAGCAGAAACUUGAGUUUGUUGAGGUUGCAGAAGACAACAGCUUGAUCCAGGUAUACCGUAAAGAGCUGGGCGAUAGAUUAUUAGCAAGCUAAAAGGAGUUUGUUAACUGUAAAGUAUGUUGCAAGAAAAUUGUUGUAUAGUAGCAGGCGCAUCCCAUCUCUUUUACCUUGGGAGGUUAUCAAUUGCCUUUGCCAUUAGAGGGAAAGACAGGGAGAGAGGAAAUGUUAGUUGGGAGUUGUCAUUUCCAUUUGAGCAGCCAAGGAGCCAUGGAAGGGACUCAAUGAUGUUGCAGAGAUACUAACAGGGAACGGGAGGCCAGCCUAUUUAAGUGUAUAAUGAAUGAUACUAAGGCUCUGUAAUACAUACUAGUAGUAGCCACUACAUGUGGUAAUGUAAAUAGAGUCAUGAGUUUGUACGCAGACACGGCUUUGUUGCAUUUGUAUUAUAUAAAUUCAAGUUUUCCAUUCUGAUUCAUUUAUGGAUGUAAGUGGUAUCUAAAUUUUGGAUCAUUAUGAAAGUUUAGGUGCCAAAGAAUAAUUGUAAAAUGUACAUAUAUAGUUAUUGAAUUUGUAAUUUUCCAAUAAUUCAUUAAUCAAAUCAAUAAAUCCACCAACGACUGACAAAUUAGACUCGCUUUAUUGAAUAUUUCCCGAUUCGACCUGCAUUAGGGCGGGUAAAAUUAUAUUCGUACUUGAACGACCGAAUCUCAACUCGACACGCAACUAAAACAUAUCAAACAUGGGUGUUUAGUAAUAACCAGACCCCGCUCAGUCCCACCCACUCAUCUUAUGUGGAGAGGAGGAGAUCGAAACCACCAUUUAUCUUCCUUAGUCCACUUAUUUAAAAGAAAGAUGUCCUGUUUUCAAAAGUAAGAAAGAACAACUAUUGAAAUCCCUAAUUCAUCAUCUCGUUUUAUUCUCCCUAAUCUCUCUCAAAUUCUUCCCCAAUCCUCUCAGUUCUUCUUCUAAUUUCAAUCUCUAACCUUAAUUUCACAAUCCUUCUCAAUUCUUACCUCUCCCCCCUCCCCACAAAUACAGGCGAGAAGGAGAAGGAAAAAGGCAGAAUUAUAGGUCAGAACGAAGCAUAGAUUUAAUUGUACUCGCCCCACAUACCUUGUUGCCACAUCUACUUAUAGAUGUUGAAUUCCACUAUUCUAUCGACUUCAAUAGCAAAACACAAUCCAUCAUGAAACUCUUCUCAUACCAAUGAGGACGAUGAAAGUCAAAUUCUCUUCAUACAUACAACUUAUCCAUGAUUUUUCAAAAUCCAAGUUUUACCAAAACUUUAUUUUUUAAAUCUACUAAGCAAAUGACCCAUAAGUAAUAUAUUUGAUUCUUUAUAUGAAGAUAAUGCCCCAAAGCAAACCAAGCAUCCAACAUAUGGUUUUACUAUUGUGCUUACAGGUCAUCUAUGAAAAUGCUUUUUAGACGUUCGAUUUUGCUCAAUCUGAAGUGACCAAACUACAAUCGUUGUAUGAAAGUGGUGACAAUUUAUUUACCGAAUUAUUUUGAAAGACGGUAAUUAUUAUACCACGUUGUAAAUAAACCCCAAGGUUUUGAGGUAGUGCUCCGGGUCGUUAUAGUCGUCUCCUCUACAUGCUAUAGUCCAUGAAAUGGUCACUUGUGCAUAAUUUAUAACUAUUUUGUACUAAGGGGUCGUUUGGAAGUUGUGAUUAUUAGAGUUGUGAUUAUUGAAUACAUGUAUUGUACACAGUACAAUGUUUGGAAGUGUCAAAGUGUUAAACAAUGCAUGCAUUCUUUUAGGUAGGUUUCUCCAACAAUCACAAAAAAUGAUGCAUUAUACAAUUUCAACUAAAAAGUUGAGAUUGUUGUGAUUGUUGGUUUUAGAUUUGUGUCAACUUUUUCUUUCCAUUUAUAUCCCCAAUACUUUUUGUCUUAUUCUAAUAGUUGAGGGUAAAUGUGACAUUUUCCUAUAAAAGUAACUUUAUGUAAAUCAAUGCAUAAAGUAGAAUCUCAACAACCAAACAAUGUAUUGUUAAAAUGCAUCCAUUGUAUCAAUACAUGCAUUUUAUAUUA